AUGGACAACUACGACGACGAGCACGACGACGACUUUAUCGAUGACGACCUGCCUCCGCUAGUCGAGUCCACAUCGUCCUCGUACAUCCCACGGCCCCCAAAUGCAUUCAUUCUCUUCCGAUCGGCAUUCAUCCGGUCUCAACGCAUCUCGGGGCGCGUCGAGGGCAACCACUCGACGCUGAGCAAGAUCAUCGGUAUGUACUGGCGCGCCUUGACCAAUGAGGAGAAGCAGGAAUGGGAGGACAAGGCCAAGGUCGCGUUGGAGGAGCACCGGAGGCGGUACCCGGACUGGAGAUUCCGGCCGGGAGUGAAUGGUGGACGAGGACGAGGCCGUGGCGGUCGAGGGCGGCGAGGGCGGGGUCGUGGGGGCGAGGGCGACGGGCGGGGUCGGGUGAAGAGAGAGAGGGAGGACGGGCGACUCGGGAAGAUACGGGAUUUGCUCGUCGAAGGGCGGGAGGGUGAAGAUCUGGAAAGAGCGGUGAAUGAGUGGGAGAGGGAGCGGGACAGGGCGGGAAAGCGCAGCCGUUCGGUCCCUUCCGAGAAACGAGCCGGCAAACCCCUACAUCAUGCCCGUGCCCAGUCCUCGUCCACCCCUUACAAGGCUCUCGAUUUCCCAGUGCCAGGUCCCUCCAUACCACCACCUCAAGCCGACCUAAUCCCUACCAGGCAAGGCUCGUACUCGUUCAUACCUGAUCCCUCACCGUACAGCCCGACCGAAGACACCCAGUCGCCAUGGCACACGAGUCCAUAUCAGUCUUCUUACACGAACCCCGGAUCCGCCCAUAUAUCCAGUUUUAGCACGCUCAGCGGGUGGGCGGGCGACUCUGACAUGCAGAGUCCAACGACGAGCACGUUUGGACCCAGCAAUGUAGAGCCGCCUCGUGAAUACACAGAGAUACAGACGUACGACAACUUUGCCGACGCGUCAUACAAUUUGUGGCACGAGGAACGACACUAUUCUUUUGACAGUAACGAGUUGCACAAUCCCUUCUCCUUCUCGACUGAAUUUAAUCAGUAUCACAUCCCUGGACCUAGCUCUCCUGGACCGCCUUCAUCGAUCCCUUCGCCCUCCUCGCCCUUCCAAGUCGGCGCGAGCUCUUUUAGCGACCUACGCUUCAUCGACGAGGGAUUCCGCUUCCCCUCUUCACCCCCUCAGGAAGUGGAGGGAGAGAUUGUGCCGUUCCAGCCUGUGCAGGUCAUCGAUCAAAAAGGCAAGGGCAAGGCGCACGAGGAGGAUGGAGAGGUCGCGGAAGGAUACGUGAAUUGGAAUUGA